GUAGAUGUUGAUGUAGGCGAUGGAGGGUAUGAGGACGCCGUUGCGAAUGGGAUUACGAAUGUGCAGUGGGAGAGUGUUGAGACUAGGUUGAUCCGGUUGGUAUUCACGCCCAAGGAGGGGGUAAAGGUUCGGCUGGUGGAGUUGAAGAUUUUUUAGAUCAGGAGCGAGGUAGCCAAGUACUUUUACUAGACAGAAGCAUAUCGUAGAGCUCAAUACAUACCAGGGACCUACAACCUAGUCUACCUGUACAUGCGAGGCCUCUGAUUGGUUACUGUCCGUUCCUGCCCGGAUUAUUUCCCCCUCAUCAACGUCACCAUCUCAAAACAAACACAAACACAAGUACAACCCCACCCGACGGCCAGCAUCUACAUACUGCUUAAAAACCAUGCAGCCCAUCUUCCGCAACGGCCCCGAUAGCGACACCUACGAAAAAGCCCGCACGAGCCGCCUCUUCAACGCCCGAAUCCCCGCCCGCUACCCGACCGCAAUCGUCCUCGCGCGACACGAAGGGGACAUCAUCGAAGCCGUCACCCUGGCACGUGUCCAUCGUCUUCAAAUCUCCAUCCGCUCUGGCGGACAUAGCUAUGCAGCGUGGAGUCUCCGACCGCGUUCUGUCUUGGUUGAUCUGGGUGGGUUGCGGCACUGCGAGCUUAAUGAGGGGAGUGGUGUUGUGAGUGUUUCGCCGAGUAUCACGGCUCAACAGUUAUAUGAUUAUUUGGCGGAGAGAGGGCGGACGUUUCCGGUCGGGCAUUGUCCGGAUGUUGGGCUUGGCGGGUUCCUGCUUGGUGGCGGGAUGGGCUGGGAUCAGCCGAACCUCGGCUGGGCAUGUCAGCACAUCCUCGCCGUCGACCUCGUAACAGCCACAGACGACCCCAAGUUACUCCGCGCGGACGCGCAUCAAAACACCGACCUCUUCUGGGCCGCAAGAGGCGGCGGGCCUGCGUUUCCGGGUAUAGUUACGACGUUCCAUCUUCAGACAUUUCCAGCGCCAAAGGUUAUGCGCUCGUCCGGAUAUGUCUAUGGUGUUGGAGAGUACUCGAGGGUGUUCAGGUGGGCGUUGAAGAUCGCCGCGGAGUUUGAAGAUAGCAUCGAGAUCGUGGCUAUAGGCAGCUACAAGGACGGCAUCGAGCAUCCGUGCAUAACAAUCGCGCUUAUAGCCUCGGGCAAUGAUCAGGAACAUCUCGAUGAUAUCCUGAAAAGCAUCGAGGAGACGCACCCACCGAACCCAAUAUCUCGCUGGUUCAACCAGGAAACAACGCUGAGUGAACAGUUUGACCUCAAGGCAAAGUCCUACCCGAAGAACCACAGGUACUACGUCGACAAUGCCUUUGUUAAGAACGACGCGGACGUCGCAUCCACCUUGGAACGGGCAUUCACGACCCUCCCAACGCGGGAGUCGCUUGCUCUCUGGACGUCUCUUGUCCCCCUGAGUCGCCGGCAAUUACCGGAUAUGGCCCUCAGUAUGCAGUCCGAUCACUAUUUCGCGCUCUAUGCGAUCUGGGGUGACGGGAGCAAGGAUUCGCAGUGUAUGACGUGGGUUGAUCAGAUUAUGGAAGAUGUUGCGAAAGAUUCGGUGGGGAGUUAUCUCGGGGAACUAGAUUUUCGGUCGAGGAAUACUAGGUAUUGGGGAGAUGGAGUGUGGGAGAGGUUGAUGGAGGUUAGGAAAAAGUGGGAUCCUGAGAAUCGGAUCUGUGGGUGUCUGGGGUUGGAGGGGCUUUUACAAAUGGACUCGUAGUGUGGAAGAAGCAGUGACUAUCUUGCGUACUCUGAGUAUCGUCGACAUGAUACCAAGCAUCAGUUAAUGGAUCAAGAGACUAGCUAGCUACUCAAACUCAAGGACCCAAACAUCCCCCAGCCGCUCAUUCGACUCGGACAAUCCGCCAUGAACCACGAGCCCACUCGGUCGACCGUGGAUCGCAAAGACAUCGGCAUCGAACCACCCACGCGGCGCAGGCUUCUCAUCAGCACCAUCCCCUCCAGUGACACUGACCUGGCUCCACUUGUGGUCUUCAAUAUCAAACACCCACACAUCCCCCAACAUCUUACCGGCCCCCGCAUGGCCAAGAGAACUCGGAUCGCGUUCGCCGAAUAAUGUGACCAGACUGUCCCGACCGGCAAUUGUAACUGCGAGGAGAGCAGCAACACUCCGCGCUUCAGGGCCUGAAACUCCAUCUGCGGGGAAUGUCAUCGUUGUCCACCCGUUGGCUGCAACGUCGAAGACGUCAAGUGCACCUCCCUGCUCGGUCUUGCCGUCGAACCCGUUCAUGCGGUAGAUCUUGCCAUUUGAGAAGGCAAUGGACGUACCGCCGCGCGCAGGACCAGGGGCAGAGGGAAGUUCUUUCCAGAUUUUCGAGGUAAUAUCGAAUGCCCAUAGAUCGCUCAGACGGUCCGUUGUUGGGCAGCCGGCGUGUAGGUAGAUCGUAUCCGUGCCAUUAGACGUCAAGGCGUGGUAGCUUCGGCCCUGUGGGAAGGGGCUUCCAGGACCGGGAGAGAGUUGACUCCAGGAGGUGGCCUUGGUAUCAAAGACCCAAAGGGACCCGCGCUCCUCGACCGGCGCCAUGGCGACGCCGCCGCGGCCAGAGAAGAGGUAGAUUUUGUCUCCGAUGGUGGCUGAGGCUGUUCCGACACGGGGUUGUGGGGUUGGGUCGGUUGAUGAUAGUGUGAUUAUCUGAGCAUUGGAGGUCAAUCCUGCGAAAGCUGAUUAAUAUAUGGAUAAAGGUAUCCAGU